AUGCGCUCAACACCCGGGUUCCUGGCGGCUGUGUCCCGCAGCCAGCCUUCGCGGCUGAAGAAGCCUGCAGUCGGUCUAGACCAUUUUAUUCAAAGAGGAAGAGUCCUUGCUUUCUGGCGAGAAGUUGUUCGAGCUUUAAAUAAAAUCCCUCCAUCAUCGACAAGGAAUGAAUUGCAUAAUUAUGCCCGUACUGAAUUUGAACGGCAUCGUGAAGUGUCUGAUUUGACAGGGAAAGCCGAGUUUGAGACUAUGAGGCGGUACAUCGAUGAACAGGUUGCUGGUUGA